AUGGGAUCUCUAACGGCGCCUCCUGAGAAGUCGUGUUGGGUGACUUUGGUGACAAAGCCUUCGUAUCUUCCAGGGGUCAUUGUUCUGGCUCAUACACUCGAUCGGCACAAAUCGAAUUAUCCUCUGUUGGUGCAGUACACUGACUCGUUGGGACACAACGCGCUCGGAGCCCUCCAGGAGGAGGCCGAGAACCACGACCGGAUACAGCUAGACAGAGUCCCCCUUUUACUGCCCAGGAAGGAUCAGGUCAAUACUGGCAGUGUUGCUGAACGCUUCAAAGAUACAUUCACCAAACUCCGAGCCUUCGAAAUCUACAAGCUAGGUUUCACGAGAGCCGUUUUUCUGGAUGCCGAUAUGGCCAUCUUCCAGAACCCCGACGAGAUUUUCGAAUGCAAAUUACCGGGUCGAGAUUGGAUCGGUGCUAACCACGCCUGUGUGUGUAACUUGGAUCGUGAUCCAUGGGCUCCACCCGAAUGGCACAAGGGAAACUGCGCGUAUACACCCUUAAACCACCCCGAUGAGGUGGCUUCAGAAGUCAACUCAAAAAGUCGACCCACAUAUCACCUCUUGAACAGCGGCAUGUUCCUUUUCCAUCCGUCAGAACAGCUGUGGGACAGGAUGCUUCGUUUCUUCAACGCCAGCGAUCAGCUGAAGAACUAUCAGUUCCCGGAUCAGGACUUCCUCGCCGCAUUUUUCCGUGAGAAAUGGCAUCCUCUAUCCUGGAAAUACAAUGCCCUGAAAACCAUGAGAUAUUGGCAUCCUCGGAUUUGGUCCGAUGACAAGCUAGUGAUCCUCCACUACAUCGUCGACAAGCCUUGGGAGCGUCAAGUCAGUCACGACGGUAUUGGCGGUCAUCUUGGUAGAGACGGAGAGACGCAUCAAUGGUGGUGGAAAAUAUACCGUGAGUGGAGGACCCAGAGACAAGACGAGCAGCAGAGGGGUACGGGGAUUGCAACGGUGGACGAGCUGGUUGAUACCGAGGAACCAUUCACAGAGAAGAUUCCACUACCUCAGGACGUCGGCAAGCCCGAGGACAUCAAAUUCCUUCUGUUCGAUUGUGACAACACCCUUGUGCUCUCCGAGGACAUUGCUUUCGACGUCUGCAGUGGAAUCGUCAACCAGAUCAUGGAGCAGAAAGGCAUCGCCGCUCGCUAUUCUUCUGAAGACCUGAUCUCUCAGUUCGUUGGGCUCAAUUUCCGCAGCAUCAUGGCCGUUCUGCAGCAACAACUCGGCUUCACCCUGGACCACGAUGAGCUGCGUGGCUACAUCAAGCUCGAAGAGGAUCGUGUGAUUGAAAACAUUGAGGCAAAAGCUGUGGCAUGCCCUGGUUCAAUUGAAACGCUCCAAAAGCUCCAUCAGCAAGGAAGAUACAAGCUGGCCGUUGUCUCCUCCUCGUCCGUUCGCCGCAUCAAAGCCUGCCUCACCAAAGCGGGCCACGACAGAUUCUUCCAUCCGAACGACAUCUUCUCGGCGGCCGACUCCUUGCCAUUUCCAACCAGCAAACCAAGCCCUGCCAUCUACAUCCACGCCCUUCAGCAACUCGGAGCCAGUGCAAAUGAGUGCUUGACUACUGAAGACAGCAAGUCUGGGGUUCUGGCGGCCCUGGGUGGCAAAAUACCAUGUCUGGGAUAUGUGGGCUCCACGCACACAAGAGGGCAGAAACACGAGAUGGCCGACCACCUUCUUGUGACCGGCUGCACGCGCAUCAUGUGGGAUUGGAGUGAGUACGAGAAGCUGUUGGCCGAAAUCAACGCUAACGAGUGA